AGAGAUUGUUACAGCACACACACACAGAGUGUGUUUAGAAGUUAGAACGCUCCGCUCAGGCGGACAAUCACGAGUUGGGGGGGACGGUGAAGUUUUCAGACCCCUUAUGUUAAAUCACGUAUUUAUUUAAGAAUCACUUGUGGAUUAUUGCCGACCCUUUAAAAUAACAGAAACCAACCAGUGGAUUUUAUUGAAAGAAAUGGUGGCUUACGAUGAACCUUGUGUGGUACCUAUCAAACGGACUUUACAGAAGAUAGACUACCAGAACCAGACUUACAAAGAACUAGAGGAACCCUGUACCAAGCGUGUGCGGCCUCUCGGCCGAGUGACCUCGCUGGCAAACCUCAUCUCUCCCGUGAAGAAUGGGGCCGUCCGACGCUUCGGCCAGACCCUCCAGGCCUCAUUUCGGGGCGAUGGGCGGUCUCCGGGCGUGCCCCAGCAGAAACCCUGCAGCAAGGCCGUGGCUCCCACGCCACCCAAACGACGCAACAGCACGCUCUGGUCCGAGACCCUGGACGUCCAUCAGAAAGGGACCUUUUCCACCAAAGAGAUUAAGAGACAAGAGAAGUUGCAUGUGUUCCUCUUUACGGAGGUUCUGGUCUUGACCCGGCCUGUGACGCGGAAUGAUCGGCAUUGUUUCCAGGUGUACCGCCAGCCAAUCCCAGUGCAGGAUCUCGUAUUAGAAGACCUGCAGGACGGAGACGUCCGCAUGGGUGGCUCAUUCCGAGGGGCCUUUAGUAAUGCCGAUAAAGCCAAGAACAUCUUCCGGGUACGCUUCCAGGACCCAUCUCAGGGCCAGUCCCAUACACUGCAGGUCAAUGACAUCUUCCACAAGCAGCAAUGGCUCAACUGCCUCCGCGCUGCCAUGUCGACCCAGAAAGAUUCGCCUCUCCAUGAGAACGAAUCCUUGUCCACCCCUGCAAGUAAUGACAUUUGUACCAAACGGCGCUCGUCUUCUGUCUCCGCCAUCAUCCAUAUGGAAGAGACCGAUGAGAACUGUCCACGGGCCGCGGCCUCCGCCCCUUCCUCCCCCAGCUCCGAGGAGCCCCCGAGUCCCACACCCUCUGCAACCUCCACCCUCUCCUCGUCCUCUUCAUCAUCUUCAAUUUCCGCCCCCUUCCAGCCCCGCAAAUCCAAAAAGGACAAGCGUUCAAUCUGUUCACUGGGUAAGAGGAAGGAGACCAUGGUGUAAAGACUGAGCUAUCCCAGGGUGCACAUGGAGUGGCACCGUGUGGAGGACUUGUAUUUAUAUGUGUGUACGGACUGUGUGUUUCUACAGCAGUGUUUUUGUGUUACUGUCCACGAUGGCAGCUAUUAUUACCAAUCCCUCCCCCCAAAACCCUCCCAGGUCCAUGUGGGCCACACCAGUACCAGAAAGACAGUAUUUGUGAGGCGACUGUGUGGAUCUCAAGGGAUUGAUGUCACAUCCCGCACACUUUUAAUCACCAUGCUGAUUUGUGUGAAAGCGCAAGAUCACACAUCUAGGUCUUGUCUACUGUUAGUUUGGUCAUA